CCUCGUGUAAUAUUACCACUGUGUUCUAACAAUGGCUAACAAUAUUCUCAGUAAUGGCCGCAUUCAACAACAAAUGACUGUUUCACAACGGCUCAGAAAUGACAAGGGAAAGAAAGCACCGGAUAUACCAGCAAUAGAGAGCAACAAUUGGCUGUUGCAUCGGCAUUACACGCGGCACGAGUAUAAAACUUGCAUGAUCUUAAUCGAUCAGGAAUUAAUGAGAUCUAACGAACACAACGAGUACGCGAAUUACUUGAAAGGUUUAAUACUGAGGAGAGAAGGAAAAAUUCAAGACUCGUUGAAUUGCUUUCAAGCCGCCUAUAACGUCAACUCGACGAACGUUAAUAACGUGAAGCAGAUAGCGAAGUCGUUCUUGAUAAUGGGGAGCCACAGGCGUGCAGUCGACGCGUAUUUGGAAGCUGAAAAGAUAUCGAAUAUACUAGACUGGGAAAUUUAUCUCAACCUAGGCGAAUGUUACAUGAAACUAAACCAACUGCAGGAGGCGAAAAGGCAUCUGAAAAGGUCGAUCGAGUUAACGAAAAACGUAUUACCAUAUGUCGCUCUCGCGAAAGUUUGCCUCCUUGAGGAUCAUGUUACAGAGGCACGGAACGCUUACAUGGCUGCUCUCAGUGAGAAUCCUGAAAGCAUCGAAGCCGCAACUGAAUUAGGACUUCUCUACCUUAAAAUUGGCGACGUUCAACGAGCAUUUCAGCAAUUCGGCACUGCACUCGGCCAUUCUCCAAACUGCACCAAAGCAAUUCUACCGAUAGCUUAUGUAAUCCAGAAUCACCAGGAAUACGACGUGGCACUGUCGAAGUACAAGGUAGCCGCGAAAUCGAUCCCGGAAUCGUGCGCCUUAUGGAACAAUGCGGGGAUGUGCUUCUAUGGCAAACAGAAAUUCGUUGCUGCGAUUAGCUGCUUGAAGAGAGCCCACUACCUUAGUCCCAUGGCCUUUCUGCCAGCUUAUAAUUUGGGCAUGGUUUUUCUCACCACCGGCCAACCAGCUUCAGCAGCCAUUUAUUUGUGCUCAGCGGUCAGCGUCGAACCGAAGAACCAUAUGCCUUACCUUUUGCUUGGACUUGCACUGAAGCGUCUGGACGAUUUGGAGGGUGCGGAGAAAGUGCUCCAGAAGGCUCACGCUCUUGCUCCUCAGGAUCCUCUAACAUUAAUCAAUUACGCGAUAGUGUUGGAGGCUGAGGGCAAAAGAAGCGAUGCAGCUGAAUUUUUAACAGCUCUAAACGAUAUUACAGCUGUGAUUGACGUGGACGAACAGAUAACGCAGACAGCGAAGAAACUGUCGACGAAACUUCAGCAAGAAAGGACGGCCGUCAGUACUCAAGAAGAGGAGGAGACUACUAGAGUUCUUAGUUCAGACGAAGUUUGAAGA